AUCCGGUUUAGUCCGGUUCAAUCUCCGGUUUUAGAAAAGCAGGAAUCCGACAUGAACAUGGAAACCCAAAGCUUCAUACUCCUUCCAAUUUUUUCUCGUCCUUUAACUCCUUCUAUACCUCCUUGAAACCCUAACCCUAAAAUUCUUCUUUCGUGGAACAAAGAGUGAGAGAGCGAGCGAGCGAUGGAGACUCACUUCAAUCACAGUCUCUUCGAGAGGCGCCCCUUCCUCAAGUCCAAGGCUCCCGCCGUUAAAUGGGUCAAAGAAUGGGUUCCCCAAGAUGUUGUAGCAACCGGAGGGAAGUGCAUGCUCUUAAGAUGGGUAACAGAGGAUACUUUAAAAGCCUUGAAAGAGAAGGAAAAAGAACCUUCAGCACCCGAGCCAGAACCUGAGCCAACUACAGAAGUACUUUUUCUUUGCAGCUAUGAAGGCUGUGGAAAGACAUUCAUAGAUGCUGGUGCUUUGAAGAAGCAUUCUCACAUCCAUGGAGAGAGGCAAUUUACUUGCCAUUAUGAGGGAUGUGGAAAGAAAUUUCUGGACAGCUCAAAGUUAAAAAGACAUUUCCUCAUUCAUACUGGGGAGAGGGACUUUGUAUGUACUUUUGAAGGCUGUGGUAAGGCCUUCUCCCUGGAUUUCAACCUGAGGUCUCACAUGAAGACACAUUCACAAGAGAACUAUCAUAUAUGUCCAUACCCGGAUUGUGGAAAGAGAUAUGCUCAUGAAUACAAGCUAAAGAAUCAUAUUGCAUCUCAUCAUGAAAAGAAUACACCAGUGGAUGUGACAAAGUAUACACCGCCUUCGGAGAAACAAACAAAAACUACUAAACCUUCCGGGGGAAAUUACGGUUCGGCAUCAUCUGAUCGCCCACAUGCAUGUCCUUAUAAAGGGUGUGAAAAGGCCUACAUUCAUGAAUACAAGCUUAAACUACAUUUGAAGAGGGAGCAUCCUGGCCAUAUGUCUGAUGAAAAUGCUGUGCAUGCCCAGGCUAAUGUUGACAACGAAAUGGAUGAAGCAAGUGACCAAGAUGCCUAUGGCAGGAAACAAUCAAAUGGUAAAAGUCAGAAACAAAGUAGGCCCAAGCCAAACCUGAAGUUGCCUCCUCCCAAAAUUGCCCAACGAAAAGGGUCAGCUCCAACUCCUGCCACUUUGAAUGUGAUUAAAAAACCUUGGCCAGUGAAAGAUGAAACAUACGAUGAAGACAGCGAAGAAACUGAGGAGGAUGGCGACAAUGUUGAAGAUGGUUGGAGAUAUGCUGGAAACAACGAAGAUGAUGAUGAGGAAACAGAAUAUGAAGACUGAUAUUUACCUAUGGCAUCUCCCUCUCUUAUUUCUACUCUCCUCUAAGGUCUGUUUUCUUUUUAUUUACUUUAAGAAAUGCCAUUUUCUUGUCAUACACAGUAUAUUGGUUAUUGGAAGCAUGAAUUAUGCGGUAGGAUGAAUUUAUAUUAAUAAAAGUUGAUGUAAUAUUCUUAUGGUUU